CCCCGGCCCCGGCCCCGGCGCCCCCCCGGCCGCUCCUUCACCAUCGCGGCGCUGCUGGGCCGGGCCUCGCCCCCCCCGCCGGCCCCGCCGCCCCCCUGGGGCUGCCCCCCGGCCCCGGGGCCGCCGCUGCCGCCGCUCUGCGCCCCCGCCUGCGGGCUGCCCCCCGCCUGGGCCGCCCGCCUCGGGGCUACAGGCUUCCUGAUCUCCAAGUGCUGCUUCCCCCUCUUGCAAGGCAAGGCUGGCAAAGCCAAGCGAGUCCGGACCAUCUUCAGCAGCGAGCAGCUGGCGCGGCUGGAGCAGGAGUUUGCGCGGCAGCAGUACCUGGUGGGGCAGGAGCGCUGCCUGCUCGCCUCCUCCCUGCACCUCACCGAGGAGCAGGUGAAAGUCUGGUUCCAAAACCGGAGGAUCAAGUGGAGGAAACAAAGCCUGGAACAGCAACAAGCCAAACUGGCCAAAAUGGGUUUGGGCACCCCGCAGAGGAGCCCAGACUCACAGAGCCACCACGAGGAGGACAAGGACUUCCCAGCAGAGUCAGGGGACAGCCAGGAGGACACGUCCUCAUCCCCGGGCUCAGGGACAGCCCCUGCAGAGACUGUGACAAAGAGCUGCUGAG